AUGUGGCGCCAUUUUUGGAUAUUUCUUCUGCUCUGUUUUACGGCACCCGAGCUGAUUUUAGGUCGCACACGCACGAUUCGAAACAUCUACGGUCAACGGUGCGCCAACAGGUUGGAAUCGGCCCUGGACACAACACUCCGGCGCAGCCAACAACGUUCUGGCUCCAGUUCCAUCAUCGAUUUCUCUGACAAUGGGCCCCAACGACAAUCGCUGUUUGGCGCAAGCGGACAAAAGUCACCAUUCAGUGGCACUAAUUAUAACGAAGAAAUCCAGCAAAUAGUGUCCAACUAUAAGCAAAAAUUUAGUGAUCCCUCGCUAGGGGCUGGUAAGCCCUCGUACUUUCCACCAUCGAGCCCCACGAGCCUGCUGGGAGCGGCACAGGUCGAGGUGGCCAAUCUGCGCGUACGCAUUCCUCAAAACCACCAGUGGGUCGUGGUCGACAGGUGCCAGUUCAUCGAACACAAUCGCACACUGGACACCAAGCUCGAGUUUCCCGACCUGCAGAUCAGCGGACGCGUAAUUAUGCAUCCGUCCGGUGGUCGCUGUGACAUGAUUCUGCGGCUACGCCGAGCAGGCAUCGAGUUCCGGACCAUUCCACUAAUCCCGGCAGGAGUUGGCGAACGCAGCCGGCAGGCCAACGUACGCACCGACUCGCACUUCUCCGAGCCAGGCUUUAUUUCAGUCUUUGCCCAUAGCUGCGAGGGCCCAACCGGUAUCAAGUAUCGCAUCAACUCCAAACGGCGCCACUUCCUGAAUCGGCAACCAUCUUCGCCGGCGACAGCAUCAUCUUCCUCAUACUACGGGCGUGAUCGUCGCAGGUCGCUAGAUUACCUCGAUGACGAUCUGAUGGGCAACGAUGACGAUGGAAAGAGUGACAUUCUGAAGCUCAAUGAUGGUGAUAGCCUUUUCCUUUCACCGUCGACUCUGGUAAAUGUGGACAACGAGCACUGGGGAGGCGAAUUUGAACGCCCGCAGUCAAAUCCAGAACUCGAUCCUAACAGCCGGACAUUCUUUGCCGAUCGGAAUCCGUUCUCCUACUCAGCCUACGGAUCCCCGAGCACGUACGGGUACGGCCCUGCACAACCCAACACGGAUAAAGGCUGGCAGAAUGUCGAAACGAACGAGGCGCUGGACGAUGCGUAUUCUAAUGAAAUCGACAAUCUAUUCUCGAAAGGCGUCCGGGGUCUACUGACGACCUACAUGCAGAAGGCCCUACAACCGGCAAUCAAAGAAACACUAAUGGAGAGUAUGGGCUACACGCUAUCGUAUGGCUGA